GUUCACCAUCAUCGGCACGCUGACGGUGUCCAGUCAGGAGGCCGACCUGUCCGAGCUCAGUCAGUCGGACGCGCGCAUCAUCCUGCUCUACUCGACCCGCGACGAGGCCAAGGAGAUCCUGCGGCAGGCCACCGCCAGCGGACUGACAGGGAAGAACUACGUGUGGAUCGUGACGCAGAGCGUGCAGGGCAGCACGGCAGUGGCGCCCGACAGUUUCCCCAUCGGAAUGCUCGGCGUCCAUUUCCGGACGGACGAGGAGAGUCUGAAGGAGGCGAUCGGCCGCGCCAUGACGGUGUACGCUCACGGCCUGGAGCUGCUGUACCGGGACCGGGCGGCGGCCGGCAACCUCAGCCUCAGCCCGGCGCUCUCCUGCACCGGCGGCGGGCAGUCGCGCUGGGCUGACGGCGAGCGCUUCUACCGGUACCUGCGCAGCGUCCGAGUGCCGGGCGCGCACAACCAGCCCGAGCUGGCGUUUGACGCCAACGGCGGCCGGACGGCGGUGGAGCUGACCAUCCGCAACCUGCGCUCCGACACCAGCGGCGCCAAGGCCUGGGAGCCGAUCGGCACGUGGCGCUCCUGGGGCGGCAGUCAGGGACAGGGCGACCUGGACAUCAAGGACAUCGUCUGGCCCGGCUACUCGCAUCUGCCGCCGGAAGGCGUUCCGGAGAAGUUCCACCUGCGUGUGGUGUUCAUGGAGGACUCUCCGUACGUGAUGCUGGACCCGCCCGAUCCCGUCACUGGAACGUGCGCCGCCAACAAGGGCGUGCUCUGCCGCGUGGCCAACGAGACGGCGCUGCACGGGGUGAACAUGACGGAGGCGCGGGCGGACCCGCGCCUCUUCCGCUGCUGCUCCGGCUUCUGCAUCGAUCUGCUGGAGAAGUUCGCCGACGACCUGGGCUUCACAUACGACCUCUUCAGGAACGAGGACGGCCUCUGGGGCGCCCAGGUGCACGAGGAUGGCAAGGUGCGCUGGAACGGCCUGCCGGGCGUGCUCAUCAACAAGAAGGCCGACAUGGUGAUGACGUCGUUCAAGAUCAACUCGUACCGUCAGACGGCCGUCGACUUCACCGUGCCCUUCCUGGACACCGGCGUCAGCAUCGUGGUCUCCAAACGCACCGGCAUCAUCUCCCCGACGGCCUUCCUCGAGCCGUUUGACACGGCCUCCUGGCUGCUGGUGGCUCUGGUGGCCAUCCAGGCCGCCGGCGCCGCCAUCUUCAUCUUCGAGUGGCUCUCCCCCAUCGGAUACGACAUGAAGGUGGCGCCGCCGUCCGACUACAAAUUCUCGCUGUUCCGCACGCUGUGGAUGGUCUGGGCCAUCCUGUUUCAGGCUGCCGUGGAGCUCGACGUGCCCCGAGGCUACACCGCCAGGUUCAUGGCCAACGUGUGGGCUCUGUUUGCGCUCAUCUUCCUGGCCAUCUACACGGCCAACCUGGCGGCGUUCAUGAUCACCCGCGAGGAGUACUACAAGCUGGACGGCAUCGACGACCACAGGCUGCGGGACCCGCGCUGGAAGGACCCCCAUUUCCGGUUCGGCACCAUCCUGCACGGCAACACGGACUCGCUGCUGAAACAGAACUUCCCCGAGAUGCACCACUACAUGCUCAAGUUCAACAAGAGCAGCGUCGUUGAGGGCAUCAAGGCCGUCAAGAGCGGGGAGCUGGACGCGUUCAUUUACGACGCCACGGUGCUCGAGUACCACGCCGGUCAGGAUGACGAGUGCCGCCUGCUGACCGUUGGCCAGUGGUACGCCAUGACAGGGUACGGCGUGGGCUUUCCUCGCAACAGCAAACACAUCGACGCCUUCAACGAGAGGAUCAUGCACUACCGACAGAACGGGGACCUGGAGCGGCUGCACCGCUUCUGGUUCACGGGCGCCUGUCGGCCCGACCAGCAGAAGAAGUCGAGCAGCAACCCGCUGACGCUGGACCAGUUCCUGUCGACGUUCCUGCUGCUCGGCUGCGGCAUCCUGCUGUCGGCCGUGCUGCUUGGCUGCGAGUACCUCUACUUCCGGUACGUGCGGCCGCGGCUGGCGCGGGUGGACCGCGUGGGCGGCUGCUGCUCGCUCAUGUCCCUCAGCAUGGGAAGGUCGCUCAACUUCCGCGGCGUCGUACUGGAGGCGCAAAACACCAUGAAGUCGCUGCGCCGGUGCCGGGACGCCGCCUGCGACACCCAGCUCUGGCGUCUGAAGCACGAGCUGCAGCUGGCGCAGGCGCGCCUGACGGCGCUGGAGCAGCAGUGCGGCGCGCGCGGGCUGCCCGGCUCGCCGGCCAGCCGCCGCCGGCCGCCGGACGUGCGGCCCGACGACAUCAUGGACUCGAACCACGUCCGGAGGAGCCGGUCGGCCGAACGGUGGCCGCCGGCCGCGCCGCAGCACCUCCACACCAGGCCGGCCGCCGAGUCGUGGCAGGUGGCGGAGCUGGAGACGGUGCUAUAGGCGACAGUGGCGCCGCGCAGCGUCCGCCGCUGAAACACUAGUUACCGGACUCGCCGUGCGGCGGCGCUGUGUGCCGCGGCUGGGUACCGCCUGGUUACCGAGCAGUGUGAUAUUUGCGGAGCUCGGAGGUGUUUUCUAGUCUUCAGAGUGAGCAUGUUUGUGCGCCGCGUAGUGAAAUGACGUGACAGUGAGCCUGAGGACCCAGCCUGUCCACUGAUGCAAUAGCGCCGUGCCGGACGGCGGCCGGCAGAGACGGGUACUGGGGCUGGGCGGCUGAUCGACCACCGCCCGGCCGACUCACUCAACAUUGCCACUCAUCGCUGUCCAUGUCCAUCAAUAUCACCGGAUGUGGGCGACCUCGCAGUCGGAAUUCAUCUCACACCACUAGCAGGUCAUUGUCUGACCCCUAACCGAUGUGUAAGGUCGCGUGCUCAGCUCGCCCACCUGCCGACCAGGCCGGGGCGCGUGCUCAGCUCGCCGACCAGGCCGGGGCCGCCGGUGUACGUACCUCCACCGUCCAGUGGCCGCCCGUUCACCGUGUGACGACAAUACAGCCGCCCGACUCUGUA